CCGAGCGAGAGAAACUUGGGCCAAGCGAACUCGGAAGCCUGAGAAAGAGGCGCGCUCCUCUUCCCUUUUCGUAGCUCUGCGAGCGCGAGGAUUUCCCAGGCUUACGUUUCGCUUUCGCUUUCGGCCGGGCGCGGCGCGGCGCAUGCGCGGAGCAUCCCCGGCGCUUCUGAUGACAAGCAUGGAGACCCUCCCUGAGGACGCCCUGAUUGCGGUGCUGGUGCUGGUGCCCGCCCGGGACCUGGUGCUUCGCUGCCGGCUGGUCUGCUCACUCUGGCGUGGGCUGGUAGACUUGCCUUCGCUCUGGAGGCUCAAGUGCCAGCGUGAGGGUUACUGGCCGGAGCCGCUGGACAGUCCCAUCCCAGACUGGCGGGAUUUCUAUUUCCUCUGCAGCCUGAAGAGGAACCUGAUCAAAAACCCCUGUGCUGAAGGAGGCUUUGACGCCUGGGAGAAAGAAUCCAACGGAGGCAACGGCUGGAAAAUCGAGCCGCUUCCGGGAGAUCACGGGAGAAAUUUCCUUCUUCCCCACGUUCAAAAAUACUUUGUGACGUCCUACGACUCAUGCAUGAAGAGGCAGCUGAUCACCUUAUGGGAUCACGGCUACUGGGACCAGUUGAUGGACGAAGCCCGGCCUGAUAUCGUGGUGAGCGACUGGUACGCCGCCCGUUUUGACUGUGGUUGCAAGUACGAGCUCUGCGUGAGGCUCUUGUCCAAAGAUUACAUCGUUCUCCAGGAGUUUCGGCCAGAACCGGUUGUGAUCGAACAGUGGAGCGAUGCAGAAUGGCGCAAGGUGUUGCAUACUUUCCACAACUACCCUGCUGGUGUCCGCCAUAUCUUAUUCAGUCACGGAGGCCAAGAUACACAAUACUGGGAAGGCUGGUACGGGGUCCGAGUGACAAACAGCAGCCUCACCCUGGGCCCUCAAGUGGCAGACUGACGGAGAAGGGCUGCUUCGCUUUGGAUAGGACUACAACUCCCAGUGUGCCCAGUAAGUGGCCCUGGGGAAGGUCAGCCUAACCCUUGAACUUACGGCGUGGAAGGGAAGUCGUCUCUAAAGUGCCCUCUACAUCCCCCUGGCUAUUUCUCUUUCGCUGAGAAAAAUAAACCUGUAGAUAUUUAUGGAUUAAGCGAUAUUUCUCCUCACUUCUUCCGCAACUUCGCGACCCCUGGAAAAG